CUUAUAUUUGCCUAAGGAGGAUUUUAGACGACCUGGCUCCCUAUCUUGCCGUACCCAGGGAUUCGCAAGAGGAUACUGUUAUCGGUGAGCGCGUUAGCCCCCAAACACGAGUACAUCACAUAAGUUAUGGAUUAAAACUGCCUACUGGCACGCGUCGUUGUAUGCCAGUAUGUGGAGGGCUUGCUUUGGGUGGCCAUGUAACCGACCUCGCAGCCUUGAGUACUGCGUUCGGGAGCACGAGGACGUCGCUCCGGAUACGUUAAAGGGAGAUGCGAUAGAGGAACGUUCAUGCUUGGCCUCUGGAACAUCGCGUAAAGCAGCCUCAUCCCAGAAGCCGGGCCCCGACACGCCCGCCAAUGAUGGGGGAAGAGAGGCUACCCUCCGCGAAUCCCUCAUCCUGACCGCAACACCAGCUUGCUUCACCAUCAUCAGCCUCUCCGGCCGGUACGCGCUGCAUCAAAACAACCACAGCAAGCGAUGGAUGGGCGAACGCGUGCGCGGCGCUUCGUCAUCACCGCGACCUCAACUCGCUCAAUCCAUCGCACAUCGCCAUCCCGGCAUCCCCUCCGGGCCCUCGCCCCGCCUUGCCCACCAGCUCACCCGAGGCCCCAGUCGCUUCGGCCCUAGCAGCCAGGCAGGCGGCCAACGGAGCAGCCUCGACCUGGCUUCACCCCGCCUCCCAAGGUCGGACUCCAAGAUAACAUUGCGGCCGGGUGCCCCUGAUGACACCAGCUUUGUUGGCGGGGGUGCUGCUGGCGGGGGUGGUGGCGGAGCGCCUGGGGGCUGCCCCGGUGGAGGCGAACAUGAGGAGGGUGGUGGUGAUGGCGAUGCGGACCUGCUGUCGCUCAUCUUCCAGUUGGAGCCCGAGUCGCUGGGCCGCAUGAUGGAGGAGCUGUGCGGGCCGGGGGACGUGUGGAAGGGUGUCGUACGAGUGCCGGUGCGCCUGAGCAGCCCGCCCCCCGACGAGAGCGACCCCCUGCCCGCAAUCAGCCCAUCCGCCGCGCCCUCCUUCUUCGCCGGAACCGCCGGAGUCGCGCCGGCGCUGCUGCCGCCCCUGCCGCUGGGAACCCCCGCUGGGGAGGAGCGGCCCGGGCAGGCCUCCGCCCCCGCCGCCUCCGCCGCUGCAGUACGCGGCGCCGACAUGCAUGGCGGUGGCGGCGGGCUGGGCAGCAGCAGGCCAGGUGGCGGGGGGCUGGGGGCGGAGGGGCAGCGGCCGCGACCGUUCGGAAGCUAUGAGGUUGAGGCUGAGGCUGGGAGCGGAGUGGCACAGCAGCAGCAGCAGCGCGGUUCUCAGGAGGAGGAGGAGGAGGAGGACGGCUGGGGGGUGGUGCUGGAGAGCGCGAUGGAGACGGUGGAUGCGGAGGCAGCGGCAGCAGCAGAGGAGGAGGAGGAGGGUGCGGAAGGAGGGCGGCAGCGGGAGGAGGUCAACGCAAGGAACAACGGCAGUGGCGGCGGCGGCAGGAGCAGAAGCGCAGUGCUGGGGGCCGAUGGGGAGUCGUCUGGGGCGUGGAGAGCUACCGCCACGUCGGGCGCCCCGCGGUGCGAGACGAGCUCCCCCCAGCAGCGAACCCGUCUGACCGCCUUCAUGCUGAGCGUGCUGGAGGAUGAAGAGGAGCAUGAGGAGGCCCCGCUGGAGCAGCCCCGACCCACACCCAAGACGCCGCCGCCACCCACUCGCGCGCAUUCCCACAGCGUGCGCAGCCACGCCAGCACCGGUGUGUUCGGCGGUGUACGGCGGUUGGAGCCGAGUCGUUCGGUCAACGACAACGUCAGUGAGAGCGAGACGGGUCGUUGGAACCGCCGACACACAAGCUCUGCCACCCACGGUGCCUACUCGCAACCCCCCUCCGUCCAGCCCUCCGGCCGCUCUUCCAGUGUCUCCGUGUGCCGGGACACCUCAACCAUGCGUCCGACGGCAGUUGGCGGCGGAGGCGGAGGCGGAGGCGGCUCGCCGUACUCCACAUCGCGAGGGUUCGCUGGCGGCGGCGGAGGCGGCCCGCUCUCCACCUCCACCCUGGCAAUCGGCUUCGCGCGUCUGUCUGUGAUCGCCGCCGGCAGCAGCACCAGCGUGUCUCCGACUGCCACCGCAACCACCCCCUGGGCCUCUGCGACAGCCACAGCCACCGCCACUGUCGUGGAUGAGGAGGCGGCGGGGGGCCUGCUGGACGCCACCGAGCAACACCUCCUCCGCUCACCCACCCGACUUGACUCCAAGUCCAUGCAGCAGCAGCACACCUCCUCUCGCCUGCGCCGAACCGCCAGCUGCUGCUACGGCGAGACCGCAGCCGCAGCACCGCCGCAACAACCGCUUCACAACAAGACCGCCGCAGCGCCAGGCAGCAACAACAACAACAGCAACAACAACAGCAGCAACAACAACAGCAACAACAACAACAGCAGCAGAGAUCACGAUGCCACCGCUGGAGAGAUGCUGACGACAGGUCAAGGCGGCGCCCAGGGCGAAGCAGCCUGCCCCCGUCCGCCGGCUCCCCACGUCCGCCGAAUCUCCCGUCGCGCCUCCUCCAUCGAGCCCCACGGCCUCUCCUCCUCCUCCUCCGCCGCCGCCGCCGCCGCCACGCACACGGGCUUCGGCUUCCAGAGCGCGAGCGAGCGUUACGCGGCACCCACCGCACGCGUGCUUACCUUUGCCGCACUGCUCAAGACCGCUCCGCCAGCGGCCCCAACAGCGGCCAGAGCUCGCGCGCCGCCCCGCGACCCGUCAACAAGCAGCAGCAGCAGCAGCCUUCGCUGCUGCCAACCUCCGGCAGCAUGCUGCCUCACCCGCAACAGCAGCAGCAGCAGCCGCAACACCUGGCGCUGUCGAGCUCUCCGGACCUCUUGCCGGGACCGACGCCAGUUUUGGAGCUGGCGCUGCGCACACCCUCGGCUUCGCAGCCGUCCCAGCGGCGUCACGGUGCGGUGCGCGGCUUCCUGAGCACCUCCCACUCCGCGCUGGGGGGCAUGGUGGACACGCUAGACAGCAUGGCAGGUGGCUGCGAGGCGGCUGCGGGGGGCGGCGGUGGCGGUGGCGGUGGCGGGCAGGAGGGGGAGGAGGCGGGGGAGGGCGCGGGGCGGAGGAGGAGGAGGCAGGCGGUUGAGACGGAGGUGGAGACGUUGAACACCCUGGAUUCGCUGCUGCUGCUGUCGACGGAGGGGUUGGGACCGGGGGCGGUGUCGGGGCCGGGGACCACGUACGGCAGCAGCCCCAAGUUCCCGGAGAGCGCUGCCAGCCUGCAGCUGGGGCCGCAGGAGUGGCAGCCGCUGGACUCCUCCACCUCUGCCACCUGCAGCGGCAGCACACCCACCGCGGCAGCAGCGACUGCAGCAGCAGCCGCUGCUCCGCCUGCCCAGUCGCUCAUACACGCUGCCACCAUUGCCGCCGUCGGCGCCGGCACCGCUGCCACCGCAACCGCAGUCGGCGGCCCAAUCGCCGCCGCGGCAGCGGCAUCGGCGGUUAGCCGCUCCCCCACCUUGGGGCUCACAGCGGAUGUUGACCGGCAGCAGAAGCUGGGCGGUGGGGGUGACACCGCGCCAGCAGACGCCGUGGCAGCAGCAGCAGCAGCAGCAGCAGUCGAAGAGGGCGACGGCGUGCGUGAUGUCCCAGGCAGCUCCUGCACGCAGGCCGGCCUCGAUUCCGUGGACCUGCUUGCAUGCCUUCGUAGCAAGGCAGGUAAGGAGGUGGGAGGCGAGCAGGGGGAGGGUCAGCAGCCGCAGCAGGAGAGGAAACAGGAACAGCAGCAGCAGGAGGAGGAGGAGGGUGUGUGGGGCGGCAGUAAAGGGAAGCUGGAUGCGAAUGAGGAGGAGGUCAGGGAGGCUAUGGAAGACGAAGCGUGCGGCGGCGGCGGGCAGAAGGCUUGUAACACUGCUAACGAGGUGGAAGAGGCAGCUGCUGCGGCGGCCGCUCGUGCUGUGGUGGAUGCCUCUUUGCAACUGGCUCGCGUGCUGCGACUCACCCCGGGGGCGAGUUCCGCGCAGGAGGCGGCCAGGCAACAGCAGCAGCAGCAGCAGCAGGCGGCGUCCGCUGCGCUGAUUCGGCUGCGGGAGGCGAUUGUGGCGCGCGUGAGCCGGGGCGGCGAAUGCCCGCAGCAGCAGCAGCAGCAACAGCAGCAGCAGCAGGCGGCAGAGGCGGAGACGGAGGCGGAGGAGUGCUGGCACGAGGUGUGGGGCACAAGGACGUUGGACCCGGUGACGGGGGAGGAUGUGCUGGUGCUGGUGCAGCAUGACGUCACUGCCAAGGUGAUCGCCGAGCGCCACCUGGCUCUCGUCAUGGAGACGGAGCACCGGCUGCUGGAGCAGCUCUUCCCGCGCCACAUCCUGCAGUACAUCACAGAGGACUUCGUGGCGACUGCGGCGGCGGCGGCCAUGGCGGGGGGCGGGGGCAGUGACGUGGCGUGGCGACCCGCGGUUCGCAACUGCAAGGCGCUGGCCACCUGGCACCCGGAGGUCACACUUCUGUUCGCGGACAUCAAAGGCUUCACCCCCAUGUGCAAGGACGUGGAGCCCUCCGCCGUGAUGACAAUGCUCAACGACCUCUACUCGCGCUACGACGGGAUGCUGGAUACAUACGGCGUGUUUAAGGUGGAGACCAUCGGUGACUGCUACUUUGUGGCAGGCGGGCUGAUUGACGAGGACGAGGACGGCAUGGCGGCGGUGCGGGAUGGCGGCCGGGUGGACCCACUGCACGCGCACAAGGUGUUCGACUUUGCAAAGGCCAUGCUGGAGGCCGCCCGCCAGGUGCGGCUGCCCACCACCGGAGAGCCCGUGGAGAUCCGCAUCGGACUGCACAGCGGGCCAGUUGUGAGCGGAGUGGUGGGCACCCGCAUGCCGCGCUUCUGCCUCUUCGGCGACACCGUCAACACCACCAGCCGCAUGGAGAGCAGCGGCACCCCCGGCGCCAUCCACGCCAGCGAGGCCGCCUGGCAGCUGCUGCACAACUACGCGGACUGGAGCCCCACAGGUGGCAUCGACGUGAAGGGCAAAGGCCUCAUGCAAACCUACCUGCACCGCCCCGCCCCGCUGGCCCUGACCGCCCUGCCGCUCCCACUGGUACCGCUGCCGGCUAGCUCCCGUGAUGCGCCGCCGUCCGCACUGGUCCCUCCUCUUCCCUCUUCCGCUUCAGCUUAUGCAACCACAUUCGGUAGCUCGGUCGCCAGCGAGGAGCCACCACCACCACCACAACCCACCACAACCCCGACGGAGCUGAUGCCGGAGCUGCCGGCGUGCUGCGCCCCCUGGAAAGGAAGCUCGGAGCCGCACCGUCGCGGUCAGCACAGCGACGCCAACAGCAGCACCACCUCCUGCCGCAUUGUCAGCGCCCGCACGCCCUGCAACAGCGGCAUCUUACAAGGGGUGGUCGGCAUCCACGCGGCUGGCUGGGGCGGCUGCUUGGACGUGCCUGCAGCCGCCGCCGCCGUCAUUUCCCUGGACGCGGUUGCACGGAGCGUGUCUCUGGGCGUGGAGGCGAUGUCUUCUUCCUCAAACAUCGCCCCCGAGGUGGCCGCUGCUGCAGCGGCAGGGGUGGCGCAGCGGCGGGAGGCGGGCCCAGCUCCUCGAGCAGCCGUACGGCAGUCCUUCGAAGGCUUCCCGUCGGGGCCCAGGAGCGGUCCCGAGGACAGGGGCGGCUCGCUGCCGCCCGUCAUGAUGCCGGUCGGGUUCCUGCGGACCUCAGCAGGGGCGGCAGCAGCAGCGGGGGGGCCGACGGCGCCGGCAGCGGGACCCUGAGGAGCACUGAUGGAGGGGCUCCCGCGCGGAUGAGAGGAGAACGGGUCCGUGUAUGGGAAGUUGCGUGUGGUGCUUGGGUAGCAGCUAGCGAGCCUGCUGGCCACCGCAGGAUGGGUUGAGCGCUCUGGGAAGCGAGUGAGUUGAGCGCUCUGGGAAGCGAGUGAGUUGAGCGCUCUGGGAAGCGAGUGAGUUGAGCGUGCGUGUUGCUUGGAUCGGCGCCAAUCUUGGAGCUUUGGUAAUACAUUUCUGUUGGGACAUCUUCACCGGUAGCUGUCGUGCUUCCGGUGCUGUCCUUGUCUGCUGUCCUGCCAUUUUCCGAAUCCGGAUCAGGCAGCCAGCCAGGCAGCCAGCCAGGCAGCCAGGCAGGCAGGCAGCCAGCCAGGCAGCCAGCCAGGCAGGCAGGCAGGCAGGCAGCCAGCCAGGCAGGGGGGGGGAACCCAUGCGGCAUUCCGCGCGGGCUGGCAGCAGACGGGGACGUCUGGGUGUGCGUGGUGGGGUUGCGUGUCAGGUGUUGGGUGUUGGGUGUUUGGGCUGCUGCUGCUGGUGCGUACGUGAGGCUUUGCGGCGGAUGGGUGGUUGUACGGUAUUGGGAAAGAUGAAUUAUUGGAGCGGAACCGACACGUCGUUUUAGCCUUUCCAGGACUGCUUUCCCUUAAUUUGUUGGGGGACUGGGACUGUGCUUAAGAAAGAAUGCCAGUUUCGCUAAAGAUGGCUAUGGAGGGAGGUAAUCGGGAUAGCAUUGGGGCGUGAUGUAUGGUACAUGUGGGGGAGCUCGGAUGUCUGGAUGUGGCAAGAUUGGUUUAGAAGUGUGGGGUGUGCUUGCUUGCUGUGUCUAUACGCUGCAUACUCGUGCAGGUGCACACGGGGGGCGGGGGGGGGGCCGCUGUGUUGCAUGAUUGCUUAAAUAGCACUUCAUUCAUACCUCGUUCGGCACGACAUGCAGAAUUGCAGAUGCACGGUGUUUCAUGUUUGGUGCACGGGUGAGUGCAACUGCUGUAGCGGUGGUGAGUACUGCUUUUUGGUAGGCGGGCAGCCGGGCAGGUGGGGGCAGCGCGGUGUGUAGAGUGAACAAGCUGGGCGAGAUUCUGGGAUUGCAGGCAUCUGGUGCGACGUGCAUGUGGUUGGGAUGGGGGUGUGUUUAUGGCUUGGGAUGGGGGUGUGUUUAUGGCUUGGGAUGGGGGUGUGGUUGAUUCGACUGAGAUGGGGUGUGCGACCAAAACACACUGGCCGCGCACGAAUCGGAACGCGCUGUGCUUGCCGGAAUUAGGACCCCCGGCGGAUGGUGGAAGAGCUUGCUGGCUAUGUGUGAUGUAGGUGGGAUGUGUUCAGAACCUAAAAAUGUGGGAUGUGUUCAGAAACCUAAAAAGGUGGGAUGUGUUCAGGAAACUGGUAAGACGGGGCGUGUUCAGGACGGUUAUCGUAUGUUGGAAUGGACAGUUAACUGUGAGCGCAAUAGCGUGUGUACAAGUAAGUGUGUGCGGCGGCCCCUCCGGGUGGAGCGCUGUGUGAGGGGCGCUCCAGCGGCAGCCGCAUCGCUGAACCGGGCAGGCGGGCAGGCGGGACGCAGCAGCAUGAUGGCAGAUGUAUUGAAGUUGGAAAAGACGAUCUAGUUUGGUCAGCAAUGUAUGUCGCUGUAGGCUUGUUAGGAAUGGGCUGCGUCGAAACGGCCAUGUAUCAUUGUUGGAUUGAUGACAAAAUUUGGAAGCUCUGGUUCGGAAGGGGCAUAUCACUCACGGGCAAACAAGAAAUGGUGACAAAGUAAAGGCGGAACAUGCGUCGCGUAACAGUAAUUGCGCGCUUCAUUGUAUGUUUAAUGACAACGGCUGCUGUGGGCUUUGUGCUCUCGGGUUGCUUUUGAGCUCCUCACAUGGAGGGUUUCCCGCCUUCCACCGACUAAAAUGAUGGCCAUGAUAUCUUAACUGACAACCCUUGGCGUUUGUCUGUUUCCGAGUAUGUUUGUCCGUACACUUUGGAGGUGGCCCGGGGCGUUUAUCGCAGUCCGGUCUUACAGGGUGUGCGUGGGGCUGCAUGUUGCAGUGUGGCAGGCACGCCGCGGUGCGUUGCGUCAAGCUUUAAUACAUGAUGUUGUGUAUUGGGAUGUACGCGCAAGACCGACACGCCGGCAGCAGCAGCGUUACUGGUGCAGCACUUCAAUAGCUGCCACCUUCCCCGCCACCAGGCGUGGGCUACCCUGCGGCGUGCUAUGUCUCGCUUGCUGUUGUUGGCGUUGUUUGUCGAACGUGUGGUGUUGACGCUGAACGAAGCGGCGUGGGCCGCGCUUUCACGUACGCGUGUUGUGACCCAGCCGCCUUGUGUAGUUGAGUAGAAGGCAGGCUGCUCAGCAGCCCCUCUCACGUGCGCAAUUCGUGCGUGUAUCCCCAAGACCCCGAGCCAGUGGGCUUGCGAGUUGAGACGACACGGUAUUGAAACUGAUUGUGAGUGUGUGCUGCUUGUGUGCGCUAUGGAGCCCACACAUGCGCUGGAUUUGGGCGCGUUGGGUCCGCUGCCAUGUCAUGUCAUGCCAUGUCAUGUCCCGGGGUUGUACGGGUCGUUUUCUGUUGACACAGUUGUCGGAUUUGUACGAUUGUUAGUUGGUGCGGAAAUUGCUGAGGAAUGCGGUUCUGCUUGUGAUCCUUCGUAGAAAAUUAUCGGGGUGCCAUCCGGUCCUCCCACAAAGGAAGGCGCUUGCUUGCAUGGCACUUACCGUCAGAUACCGGCGAUCAGUGCAUUGUACUGCCCCGUUUACAAUCCUGGAUGUCUGUGGCGCUCUUGGCAACGGAAACCGCAGGCCUGUCCGCCUCUGUAUCUCGCGCCUGCCGUCGCUGUUUUGCUGUGCUCUGGAGUUUUUUUCUUGAAUUUUCCUUGGUUGUGGUUUCGUUGUUAAUUGGUGACGGCCCCACAGACGCUGUUUGCACUGCCGCCCUCGACGCACGCAUGGGACUCUGCCGCAUCGUAUCGGCCAUCCGGCAUUGUGUGUGCUGCUGCUGUUGCUGCUGCUGUUGCUGCUGCUGUUGCUGCUGCUGCUGCUGGCCCUUCCCCCCUUGGGACAUGCGGAUGCCUCCGCGAUCACGAUUGAGUUGCGAUGUGCGCUCGCUCCCGGGUUUGGGGCCUGGACGGGUCCCCAGCCAGGCAGCACCCGCAGCAGCACCCGCAGCAGCAGCACGAGGAGGAGGUUUUGCAUGAAAAAGCACGAGGCUGUGCUGUUGCGCUUUGGGCCUUAGGAUUCGGAGGAGAAUUCGCAACCACCCUUGUCCAGGUUCUAUUGAAGCUUUUGCAGGGGCGGCGUAGUUAGAAUGUUGCCCGGUCGAGGGUUUAUGUGUCCUGGUGGUGAGCUGGGAUGUGUCGAUUCUGUUUUGGGUAAACAUGCGUGCUCGCGGCUGGUUUGGCUGGGUUAGGAGCUCCGGCAGGGGCCGCGGGGCAGUAGCUGGGGUAUUGCGUCCACUACUCUGCGCCCUUCUGUCUAGGGCCACCGAGUACAGACGGCGAAUUGGCCACAACUUAAUAGUAUGGGUAGGAUACCUGGUAGUUGUGAUACCUACAGGAUGCGUUUCCGUUAGUUGGGGCAUAUGGGUUAUAGCCGUUGGUCUCGACAAGCUGGGCAACCAAAAGCAAGAUUCAUUAGGAAGCGUGACCUUGGAACCCUGGAAUGAUCCGCAACAGUCCUAAUCCAAUUGUUGUGAAUUGUUGCCAUGUGCCUGAUCAAUAUGUUUUCGAUUUGCAGGUAUGAUGGAAUAUGUUGCGUACUAAGAAUACUGUUGUAAACACACACUCCACAA